AUGGCGGCGCGAAAAGGCGGGAUCAUCCUCACUAGUCUCAACGACUGUUUUAGGUUCCUGUAUUGGUUGAACAAGGACGGAAAAGGGAAGGAGAUGCACAGGGAAUUAGCUGGGAGACUUCAUGAUCGUCUUGCAAAAUAUUAUAAUAAUCCUGAUCAAAGUAAAAUCGAAUCGUCAUUGUCUACCUUCCUCGGUCACGUAGAUACAUUUUAUAAGAAAUUGGUGAAUGAUCACAUUCCUGAAGAGACACUUCAAUCUGGAGCCUCGAUGUCCCGUGAUUCGGAAAUAAGAGACGCAGAUUUACUGGUCGAUGCUUUGUUGGAAUGCCUCCCCAAGUUCUUAGCUGCCAUAUACUUUUUGUGGUACAAUGUAUCUUACAGGUUCAAAAAAGUGGGCGGAUCAAAGUGGGCGGAUUUGUGUCCAGGGGCAAUAUCUGCUAGUUGGUUUUACAAGAGUUCUGGUGGCGAUCUUGAUCAGUAUUUAAUAUCGAAUAGACUUGACGACUACGGUGGCCUUAUACCCGGAGGGUUCGGUUCAUAUGAGUUGAGGUAUGGCUGGUAUUACAGUGGCUAUGAACAGGGUUAUAAAAUGUCCAGUGACCUUGCUAAGAUUUUUGGAAAAGACGGUGGGCUGUUGUUUCGUGACGUUUUCGCCACUUCCGUGUUGUACGAAACAUAUGGAAUCGCUAAGCAGAACACUGCAAAUGCUCUUGCAUUGGUAAACAAGUUUUGCGAGAUUGUGGGAAAAGAGGCAAAGAACAAUAAUGGCGGAACGUUGAAAGCAAAAUUGGACGAAGAAAUUAUAAAAAAAAGAAAGUGUUCCAUAAAUUGGGAAUCUUUAAAACUUCAUUGUGAACAUCUUCAACAACAAUUAGGCAAAAUUUUCAACGAGGGAGCCUUUUCUUUCACGGGCUAUGGAAGGGGUAUUGAAGAGCUUAAAACGACUGAAUUUGCUCAGCAAACUGCGGAGUGGUUGAGAAAUAAUUUACAUGAAGUGAUGAGGAAAUUGGAUAACAUCGAAGUUUUUAGGAGCAAAUAUGAUAAUUUCGAUAUGUCCGCUUAUAGCAAAAACAGCUAUCUGCUCACGCAAUAUUACGACGACCUCGGACCGCAUUUCACCAAAAAUCUCUUUCCCUACGGUUUCACAUUUUAUAGCACCACAUUUGGAGCAUCGGCCGCGCCGUAUUAUAAUUUGAGACACGACUGGGAAAGUGUAAUCAAGACGCUUAGUGGCAGCGAUGAAAAUGGUGGGCUAAAAAAGCUUAAAACGAUUUUGGAUGGUGAGAAAUGUACUCCAGCUCCGCCUCCAAAACCACGACCUAGGCCGGCGCCUGCGCCUAGGCCCCCGAGACCUGCCAGACCUGCGCCACCACCCAAGCCCACAACAGGUAACUCAUCCGGAGCUCAAGGUUUCAGAGGAGCCGGAGGGAAUCGAAAUAGCGGAAAUGGCGGCCAGAUGGAGUCUGGUGCGAGACGGGUAAAAGGAAGUGGAGGGGCAGGGUAUCGCAGGGGAAGUGGCGCCCAACGUAGCGCCACUCAAGUGAAAUCAGUGGCUCAGAGUCGUACAGCUUCCAGGCUUUCCCAUGUUCAAGCUUCAUCAGCUCAAAAAGCUGCUCAACCUCAAAAUGCUGAUAACUCUUCCAGUCAACAAGUGGCGGGACCUCAACAGCUCGUAGAAAUUAAAGCGCCUCCAGCGCCAAGUGUUUCAGUGAGUCGAAAUCAUGCUACAUCGUCGACAACAACAGUUCAAGAGCCUGACAUUCCAUCUGUCAGUCCCCAAGAAAAACCAGGCCAUAUCGCCUCAUCUCAUACUCCCGCUACUCCUGGGCGCAGCGGCACCUCCGGUGAUUCAAAUGACCAGGCGCGUAGUUCAAAUCCUUUUGUUCAACCAGGUGUGUCGGUGUCUUCUUCUGUAUCGAACCCCCCGAAUGGUCAAACCUUGCCGACCGAUAGAGUUGUCUCGAGUGCCGCUGCUAUACAUCCCACAACUCAUCGAGCUGCUUCGGAUGGCGGUGAUGGCAUAGGAGGGAAUGGUACGGCAGGGGAGAUGGGUAGUACUGGGGGAUCAGAUUCUACAGGUAGUUCUACGUCCCUACCGCACCCUCCUCCCCCAGCACAGCUAGAACCCUUACCUGCUAGCCACGAUGUUACUGCAGUUCCUGAACUACCCAAGGAAGUGGUUCCGGAGAAGAAAGUUACCGUUAUUAAAGCGCCAGAGCCUAUUACGCCUAAAAUAGCUGAAGGAACUAAUAAACUUGAGGGUACACCCAUCCACGGCGGCACACUUGGAGUAAAUCCGAUGCAGGACAAUAAUCAAAAUACGGAAAAGUCUCCCAGCCCGGUAGUUGUAACCUCUGUUCAAGUUGUGUCUCCUGGUAGCGAUCAUCAGAACCCGCAAGGGUCUGAAGCUGAUCAAAGCCCUCAUGCAGUUGGUGGUAACGAUUCUGUUGCAUCUUCUGACUCAUCAGUUCAAGAUCCUGUUCUGACGCAACAGCAUGUUACUCAAUCGACGUAUAUGUCUCAAUCCCCGAGCUCUCCCUCCAGUGCUGCACACCGAAGUACUGCGCAGGCUCACUUUU